UUCGUCUCACUGCCUCUCUCCUCGUAAUAACUUGCUCUCUGGUUUGUGGGAUAUACGGCAGGGAAGCAGAGACUCGGCUGUGGCUGGAGGGGGCCCACAGACGAAGGCCCCGACGGGCGGGAUGGCUGCCAGGCGCGUCAGCGUGGGACCUGCUGCCCUUCAGCCCGGGACUCUCCUCGCCGUCAUGUUCCCCAUCGUCCUCUUCCUCAGCGCCCAGACGGUCAACGGCCAGGGUCAGGGAUCGCGGCUGCGGCAGGAGGACUCCCCUCCCCGCAUCGUGGAGCACCCCUCAGACCUGAUCGUGUCCAAGGGCGAGCCGGCCACCCUCAACUGCAAGGCGGAGGGGCGGCCCAGCCCCACGGUGGAGUGGUACAAGGACGGGGAGAGGGUGGAGACGGACAAAGACGACUCGCGCUCCCACCGGAUGCUCCUCCCCAGCGGCUCCCUGUUCUUCCUGCGCAUCGUCCACGGGAGGCGAAGCAAGCCUGACGAGGGCAGCUACGUCUGCGUCGCCAGGAACUACCUGGGGGAGGCGGUGAGCCGCAACGCGUCGCUGGAAGUAGCAUUGCUGCGUGACGACUUCAGACAGAACCCGACCGAUGUGGUGGUGGCCGCCGGGGAGCCCGCCAUUUUGGAGUGCCAGCCCCCUCGGGGGCACCCCGAGCCCACCAUCUACUGGAAGAAGGACAAGGUGCAGAUCGACGACCGGGAGGAAAGGGUCACGAUCCGCGGAGGAAAGCUGAUGAUCUCGAACACCAGGAAGAGUGAUGCGGGCAUGUACGUCUGCGUGGGCACUAACAUGGUGGGCGAGAGGGACAGCGAGACAGCACAGCUCACCGUUUUCGAGCGGCCCACCUUCCUGCGGAGGCCCAUUAACCAGGUGGUUCUGGAGGAGGAGUUCGUGGAGUUCCGCUGCCAGGUCCAGGGGGACCCGCAGCCUUCGGUGCGCUGGAGGAAGGACGACGUGGAUGUGCCCCGGGGAAGGUAUGAGAUUAAGUAUGACAAGGAGGACUACCUUCUGAGGAUCAAGAAGGCUUUGAGCGGAGACGAGGGCACCUACACCUGCGUCGCUGAGAACCGCGUGGGGAAGGUGGAGGCAUCUGCGACCCUCACUGUGCGGGCUGCUCCCCAGUUCGUCAUCCGGCCCCGGGACCAGAUCGUGGGUCAGGGGCGCACAGCCACGUUCCCCUGCGAAACCAAGGGCAACCCCCAACCGGCCGUCUUCUGGCAGAAAGAGGGCAGCCAGAACCUGCUGUUCCCGAGCCAGCCCCAGCAGCCCAGCAGCCGUUUCUCUGUGUCACCGGGCGGAGACCUCACCAUCUCCUCUGUGCAGCGCGGUGACGCCGGAUUCUACAUCUGCCAGGCCCUCACUGUGGCAGGCAGCAUCCUGGCCAAGGCCCAGCUGGAGGUCACUGACGUGUUGACGGACAGGCCUCCACCCAUCAUCCGCCAGGGCCCGGCCAAUCAGACACUGGGACUGGAUGGCGUGGCCCUGCUGAAGUGUCAGGCCUCAGGGGACCCCAUCCCCACCAUCAGCUGGCUGAAGGACGGAGUCAGUCUUCUGGGGAAGGACCCCCGCAUGUCCCUGCAAGAGCUGGGCAGCCUGCAGAUCAAGAGCAUCAGGCUCUCAGACUCUGGGAUCUACACCUGUGUGGCGGCCAGCUCCAGUGGGGAAACGUCCUGGAGCGCAUUCCUGGAGGUCAAAGAGUCGGGCACGGUGACGGUGGUUAAGACCCGCGAUGAGAGCGAGCUCCCGGGCCCUCCCUCCAAACCCCAGGUCACCGACGUCACCAAGAACAGCGUCUCGUUGUCCUGGCAACCGGGCCUGGCCGGGGCGUCUCCCAUCGCAUCCUACGUCAUCGAGGCUUUCAGCCAAUCGGUGAGCAACAGCUGGCAGACGGUGGCAGACCACGUGAAGACCACGCAGUUCACGGUCAAAGGCCUCCGCCCAAACACCAUCUACCUGUUCAUGGUGCGGGCCGUCAACACGCAGGGCCUGAGCGACCCCAGCCCCAUGUCUGAGCCCGUCCGCACGCAAGAUAUCAGCCCCCCAGCACAAGGUGUGGACCACAGGCACGUGCAGAAGGAGCUGGGUGAGGUCAUGGUGCGCCUGCACAACCCUGUCGUGCUCAGCCCCACGACCAUCCAGGUCACAUGGACGGUGGACCGGCAGUCCCAGUUCAUCCAGGGGUACCGCGUGCUGUACCGCCAGACGUCAGGACUGCCCGCCCCCGGGCCCUGGCAGAGCCAGGACGUCAAGGUGCCCUCCGAACGCAGCGUCCUGCUCUCGGGACUCAAGAAGGGCAUCGUCUACGAGAUCAAGGUCCGGCCCUACUUCAACGAGUUCCAGGGCAUGGACAGCGAGUCGAGGACCGCCCGCACCACGGAGGAGGCUCCCAGCGCCCCUCCCCAGCAGGUCACAGUUCUAACAGUGGGGAACCAGAACAGCACCUCCAUCAGCAUCUCCUGGGACCCCCCUCCCCCGGACCAUCAGAACGGGAUCAUACAAGAGUACAAGAUCUGGUGCCUGGGGAACGAGACCCGUUUCCAUGUGAACAAGACGGUGGACGCAGCCAUCCGCUCCGUGGUGGUGGGGGGGCUGCAGGCGGGGGUGCUGUACCGCAUCGAGGUGGCAGCCAGCACCAGCGCCGGGGUGGGGGUCACCAGCGAGCCCCAGCCCAUCGUUAUAGGUAAGGACUUCAAGGACGUGAUCAUGAGCGGGAACCGGAACAACAGCAUCACGGAGCAGAUCACGGACGUGGUGAAGCAGCCGGCCUUCAUCGCCGGCAUCGGCGGGGCCUGCUGGGUCAUCCUCAUGGGCUUCAGCAUCUGGCUGUACUGGAGGAGGAAGAAGAGGAAGGGCCUGAGCAACUACGCAGUGACGUUCCAGCGCGUGGACGGCGGUCUGAUGAGCAAUGGAAGUCGGCCUGGCUUGCUGAACUCCAGUGACCCGGGGUAUCCCUGGCUGGCUGACUCCUGGCCCGCCACCAGCCUCCCGGUCAACAGCGGCUCCGGGGGUCCCAACGACCUGGGCAACUUCGGCCGUGGAGACGUGCUCCCCACUGGUCAGGGAGACAAGACGGGCACCAUGCUAUCUGACGGAGCCAUCUACAGCAGCAUAGACUUCACCACCAAGGCCAGCUACAACAGCCCCAGCCAGGCAUCCCAGGCCACCCCGUACGCCACCACCCAGAUCCUCCACUCCAGCAGCAUCCACGAGCUGGCCGUGGACCUGCCCGACUCCCAGUGGAAGACCUCCCUGCAGGCCAAGCAGGAGAUGGCCAACCUGGGCUACUCCCUGCCCGACAAGAACUCUUGCAACAACACACUCCUUUUCAUUCCUGACUACCGAUUGGCCGAUGGAUUGUCUAAUAGAAUGCCACACAACCAAUCACAAGAUUUCAGCACCACCAGCUCUCACAACAGCUCAGAGCGGAGCGGCAGCCUAUCAGGUGGAAAAGGGGGUAAGAAGAAGAAGACAAAGGGCGGAGCCAAACCCCCAAAGACCAACGGGUCCAACUGGGCCAACGUGCCCCUGCCCCCUCCGCCCAUCCACCCUCUCCCUGGGACAGAGGUGGACCACUACCCCACUGAGCACCACGAGGGAGGAGGGUACGAGAGUGACGGUUGGGGACCGCCCAUGCCGGUGCAGACCUACCUGCACCAGGGCCUGGAGGACGAGCUGGAGGAGGAGGAGGAGCGCGUGCCCACCCCGCCCAUCCGCGGCGUGGCCUCGUCGCCCGCCGCCGUGUCCUUCGGCCAGCAGUCCACCGCCACCCUGACCCCCUCCCCCCGCGAGGAGAUGCAGCCCAUGCUGCAGGCCCACCUGGACCAGAUCACCCGGGCCUACCAGCUGGACAUGGCCAAGCAGACCUGGCACAUCCAGGGGGCCCCGCUCCCACCCCAGGCCCCCGCCCCCCCGGUGGGGUACGUGUCCAGCACGCUGGUGUCCGACCUGGAGACAGACAUCCCGGACGAGGACGAGGAGGACGAAGAGGAUGAGGAGGAUGACGAAGGAUACGAGAUGGCGCGGCCCCUCCGCGGCAUUGAGCACACCCCGGGUUCCAGCAUGGACAACCUGGACAGCUCUGUCACAGGAAAAGGCCACGCCCAGCGCCACUGUCCCAGCAGCCCCUUCUCCACCGACGGCAGCACAGUGGGCACACACAGCCUGGGUCACCAGAGAGCCGCUCGCCCCACCCGAAAACACAGAAACGGGCGUCUGGAGCCGGGCACGACGCCCCACCGCCGGGACGCCAGUGCAGAUGCCCUGCCCCCUCCACCGGACCCCCCGCCCUGCCAGGGGCCGCGCCUGCCAGGGGUGCGAGGCGUGGGGGGCGUGGGGGGCGUGGGCAGCGCCCCCGGCGACCGUAAGGCCGCCUCCCUGGAGAGGCAGCACAUGAGCGGCCUGGAGGAGAUGAAGAGCUCGCUGGAGCGCCACCGCCAGGCCCAGGAGCGGCUGGGCUCCAUGGAGCGCCCGGACGAGGGCCGCAGGGGCCACAAGGGCCCCGGCUCAGAGGAGGGGCUCCUGCCCUACAGCAAACCCUGCUUCCCCUCCCCCGGGGGCCACAGUUCCUCUGGCACCGCAUCAUCCAAGGGCUCCACGGGGCCCCGCAAGGGCGAGGGGUCCCGGGGGCCCCACCAACGGACCAUCACAGACCAGCCCGACGUGGGCUACCUGGGAACCAACGGGCAGGGACAGUACUCUGGAGAGUUAUAGUGACCUGGUCAGGUGAUCAGAAGGAGCACGCUCAGUGUGUCCCUCAUGCAAGCGAUGCCUCGCCCCGGUGGUGCCAUGAACUCUUUUCCUCGUUUGUGUUCAAUUAGAAGGAAGAAGAAAAAAAAAACAAGAAGAAGAAGAAGAAAAAAAAAGACGAAACUUGUAAAUGUUAUGUAAAAAAAGGAAAAACACGCUGUCACUGACACACAUCUCACAAUGUUGAUUUGACGUUUUUGUCCUCGCGAGAAACGCUCUCUCCCACCUCCCACCUUAACUAUUUCUUGUCAGGAAACGUUAACCAAGUUAAUUACUAAACGUAAAGUAUCAAUAUGGAUAAAGGGAAUGAAACCAUACCCAGUAACUUCCCCUUUGAGUGGGGGUGAAAAAGGGAUUCUGUUCCUGUAAAUAAUUGGAUUUGUCAUUGCAUUACUAUGCAAGCCUAAUUCUGUUUCUGCUUUUUCAUAUCUUGUCCUUUUCUCCUGGUCAUUUGUACUAUAUGUGAAUUGAUCGGCUGUGGUGCCAUAAAAUAAUUGUUUUUAAUAUUCAACAUUUUGUUAAUAAUUAUUAUUAAUUGAUUAAUUAUUAUGAUUAAUUAUUGUUUUUUGCACUGCAAUUUUUUGGUGAUAAGCACAAAUACAUAGCUCCUGCUGACAUGAAGUAGCGGAAGGAUAUGUGAAGAGGAGUUUCUGUACUGUAAACUAGAAAUAAAGAAAUAUAUACAGAUGUAUAGAGAUAUUAAAAGUGGAGGGGUUGCAAACAGAAUACAAGUUGAGACCGAGGCCCAGCUCCAAGUGGGCGAAAGGACUUGAGACGUUUAGCUAGAGCUCACCUUUCCGCGGUAGGUGACCACACAAAGUGGAGUCUUUUGUGUUUCUUUGUGGCAGUAAUGGGGUUCUCUAGAAGCUAGGGCAGAGCAGAGAGUCCGUUGCAGUGUGAGAUUAGGAAUAGGAUGGGGGAAAGUGAGAUGUCCACUGGUCCAGUGACUGAAAGAGAGAAAGACAGAGGAUAUCGGAAAGGGAGUGAGGACAUCUUACUGAAGUACUUUCUGAAAGACGAAGGCCUGCACUCUCAGAAAUAAAGUGACAGUGGAGGUACAUUUUUGUUCUUUGAGGAUCACAUUUGCGCAAAUGUACCCUGAAAGCACAGUAAUGGUCUCUUUGGUUUCAAAUGAGUACGUUUUUCCGAGCAAAAAGAGC